UUGUAUUGGCUAAAAUCUAUAAAUCUUGAUAAAAAGCAAAGAUUCAUACAUAAUCGUACUAAAACAAUAAAAGAUUUAGAAAUAAGAUUUAGGUAUGUGAAAUCAGAAGAUAAUCCGGCUGAUAUAGGAUCUAGAGGAUGUGCUCCAAAUGAAUUAAAAAAUAAAAAAAAACCUGAAAAAACCUUUGGUGGUCAGGUCCAGACUGAAAAUAAGAAAGCAAAGAAAGCCUUUGACGAUAUAAUCUUGAGCAUUGAUGCUGAAACUAUAUUAAUUCAACAAGCUCAAAUGAAAGUUGGUAAUAAUAAAAUACAAAAAUGGAACCUGCAUGGAGACUCAAAUAAAUUAUAUAGAGUACAUGCGCGGUUGGGUAAUAGGAUUGGUUUGAAAAGGAAAGACAAACUGUGUCCAAAAUUCUAAAA